UUAAAUUGCUUUUAUUUAUAAUCAAGCGCCUGAAGUGCUCGAAAAAAUAGUACAGUCAAAAAUUCCAAGAUGGAAGAGAAAUGCCAAAACAAAUUGACGAACUGAACAUUUUUGUUGAGUUUAAAGUGUAUAUGGAAUUUUAAAAAUGAUGGAUAAGGGAAGUAAAAAGAAAAAAGAUUUGAUCAAUUUAUCAACAAGCAGUAAGAGAUCAAGCCCAGCCAGCUCUGCCAGUUAUAAUGGGCGUGGAAGCAGCAAAGCAACAAGUGCCAGUCGUCGGUCACUAGAGUCUGUUGAUAAUUCAUUAGACACUGGCAGUGGACAGAAUGCUGGGGAAGUUUUGGCAGCAGUAAGGGGUUAUGAUAUAAGAGCUCAUCUCCAGCAACUUCUGACGUUCUCAGAGGAUGAAAGCAGUAGUGAUGAAUACAGCUUGGAGAGUUAUGGUGACGCCGAUGAUAGAGAUGAUGAGUUGAGAAAACUGGCUCUAGAAGGUCCAGAGGAAGGUCAUGUGCGGACACCUCAACCCACGGGCAGCCAACAUAGCAAUUCCCUGGUGCCCAUUCAUGAAGAUGGUGAAGAACUGGAUAGUGAGGAAGAGAAUGAGCUGAUGAAGGAGAUUCGAGCCGAGAUAGUGAACAAUGUGAGACAGGAGAUGAAGUCAGAGCUAGAGCUCUACCAGCACAAGCUAAGGAAACUAGAACAAGGGGCUUCAGGAGAAAGUACUGGUGAAACAAAUACAGGUGCAGCAGGGAGCUCAGAAUCCAAGGUUCCAACAAGCGACCUUGACCAGCUUGACCCCAAGUUGAAGGCAGCCAUAAUCAAGAUGAGGAAAUUGGAUAAAAUACUUGCUAAGAAGGUGAAGAGGGAGAGGGAGGUGAAACGGGAGAGGAUCUUGUUGGAGAGAAGGCUUCGUAGAGAGAUUGAAGAAAUCCACAAAGAGAAGAAAGAUGAGUACAAGGAGGUCACGAACAAUGAACAAAAGUUUCUGGCCUUGGAGCUGCCUCCUAGACACAAUGAAGGGGUGACUGUGCCAGAUGAAUUCACAGGGGAAGAAGUGUUUGCCACACAGCUGAAUGAGGACGAUUAUCCUGGCCUUGGAGCUAGAAAUAGAUCCAGAAAAGUGCACAGCAGAUCUACAAACAAGACCAACAUGGGCGGAGAAAGUGUGGGGACAGGAAGUGAUGGGGAGGAAGGGUCACGAGGGGAUGCCAGCUCUGUCUCUGGGUCAACGUCGGGGAGUCACAGGGGCAAGAAGAAGAAAAAAGACUUUAUCAAAAGGAACAAGGAGUUAGCAGCAGAUGCCAAUAACCUUAUUGCCAUGACCGACGAGGAGAAAAAACGUCUAGAUGAUCUCCUUACGGAUGUUGAAAAUCUUCCUGACAUUGCUGAAAAUAUGGAACUUGAUGACAGCAAUCCAUUCCAAAUAGCCGUAAAGCCAGGGGACGGCUUUGUACCUGAUGAGGAUGAACUUCGAUCUCUGACAUCGAUCGAUUCUCGAUUAAAAGAACUUCUCCCACCAGAGGACUAUGCGUCGGUCGUGUCGUCGUCUAUGAGUCAUGUUCCACAGACCAAGCUGUUCACGCACACUGGUGUAAAACACGACAUCGACUGGCAGUCGCGAGGUGAGAGGGCGCUGUUCCGGAAUGCGGAACAACGACAGAUGAAUGAGCGACUACAGGAUAUUGAAAUUGAGCUUAGCAAAUUGAAAAAUCCCGAUGACUUGGAGAUUGCAGAAACACCUGUCCUAAAUGAAGACCAACUGCACGAGUUACUGGAGCAGUGUGUGACGUCCCUUUCCCACACAUCAAUGUCACGAUUGACACUCCAGUCAGAGUCAAGGACGUCAUUUGCUGAUACUGAGUCCAUUGUCAGUCACAGCAUGGAUGGUUCUGAGAUCACUGUGGAUAGCACACCUAGGUCACCACGUUCAGCACGCCAAGACUUAUUGGACAACCCUCCCCGUCUUGCACCAGAGGUCCUGCAGAAACUGCUGUCAGAAGCCUACCACCCAUUGUCUAAACAACUGUCCACCCUAAAGGAGGAGGAUAAUGAAGAUGUAACGGAGACCCCAAUUCCCUCAGAAGUGUGGAAACUUAUCUCUAUGGAAACAGUUGAUGAGAGCAAAACUACACAGGAAAGUUUGGAUACGGAUACAGAUACGCUAGUCAGUGUGUCGCAGUCUUUAGCAGAUACGGAAAACAGCUACGACGUUAACAAUAGCGAACAACUUUUUAAUUCCCAGGAAAGAGUAAAUGGUCAGGCAAAAAGUGUAAUAAGUGCUAGGAAUGGCUUUCGUUCCCAGUCAAGAGCAUCGUCAGCUUCAAGUCUUGCUAGCGUUUCUGAUCUUGGAAGAGAGAGUCGAAACGAAAAAGAGCCUUUAAAAUUGCCAGAAAUUGACCCAUCUGGAACUCUAGUUACACAAGGUCAAAGACUAAAUAAUGGCAAAAGAAACGGGAAUGGUAAUUCUAAUUUUUCUGUUAGAACGCCUGUCAGUUUUGUUAGAAACAGCCUAUCAGAUUCCAAGAUUGAGAGCAUUGAUGGGGCUGACUCAAGGCUAGAACUGAUGUCAUUGGACGGUGAAAUUAUGAGUCCCCACCCACCAGUUGAUGACAGACGGAAGGGGAGUGGCAACAAAUCAAGAACAACAACUCCUGCUAGCUCUAGGUCUUACAAUACUAAUAAUACAUGACAUUGAACACAUUGAUCUUUUGGCUGGUUUCUUUUCUGGUUCUUGGUCUUAUAUGUUAAUAAUUUUUCAAGACACUGACUUUUUUCACCUAAACCUUAAGUUAGUUGAAUCUGUUUGUAUCCAAGACAGGUAUUAUAUUUACAAAUACAGGUAUUAUAUUUACGAACAAUUUUAAGUCUUAGUUGUUACUGUUGAGAACAAAGACUAAAAACAGCAAAUCUUCAUUUCAUUGUUAGUUUUAUUCUAGCAGCAAAAUGAUGGUGAAGUUUGUAGAAUUAUGUUACUUUUUAACAGAUUUACUUUCGUUUCAAUAUAUCUUGUAAAGCAAACAGAAUGAAAAUGAUUUAUUUGUCGUUAAAAUAAAUGUUUUCUGAGUCUUAGUCUAUAUUCAGACUGGAGACUGUUCGUAAUCAUAGGCCCUGGUUCCAAACCAAACCCAUGAUUCAAUUUUUCAUCUGAAUUAUUAAGACACAAGCAAGUAAAGAAACUGGCCAUUAGAGAAUUCACUUUAUUUAAUGAUGAUGCUGGUGUCAUUUGAGCUAGAUAAGCUUUAUUCCUUACAUUCACAAUACUAAUGGGGUUAAAAAAGUUUAUAUUUAGAUUUUUGGAUUCAAUGAAGUCGCUUUAUGAGCAUAUUCAGGCCUGACAUUCAUGAUUACUUGGUGCUUUCAAUGUAGAGGAUAUGACUGACAGAAGCAUUACAAAUAAGUCAUACCAUACAUCAUGUAGUCCUUAAAGGAACUUGUAGAUUAAAUAGAAACAUGUGUUCUAAAUUCUGGUUUUCUUUAGCACAAAUAUGAUAAAUAUAUUAAACUGUUAUGUUUUAAUAAGAAAAUGAUUCAUUAAAAUGUUUAACUUUAAGCUGUGAGUAUAGUCUUUUGGAGACUUUUUUUAAAGACAAAAUGUUUUGUGUUUUUGUUUUUUAAAGUACCAGCUAAUCAAAAACGAUACAUUAUACAUUUCUCAAUAUUUCACUUGGCAUAUGCUUCAUACCUUGUUACAUUAUGUCAUACAACUAUCACAUUUAUGCUGUUUUAACAUUAUCAUUAUCAGGUACAGAAGUACAUGUAUAUGAAUAAUAGAAUGUACCAUAUAUACACAUACUUUCAAUUUGUUUUUAUCAUAUACUGAUGCUUGAAACAACUCAUUGGAUUGUGAUAACUUAUGUUGUUGUUGUUUUAUUUUGUGUAUUUUAUUUA